CCACCCUGCAACUAUCGCAUCACCGCCCUGUUUUAAUGCAGCUAAAAUCGAGAUAAAAACGGCAUCGGACAAGUUUCGAAUUUUCCAACUAGAACCUUUAAUGACUCACUGACGCUAUUGUCUAUCUAUAGCUAUCGCGAUUGUCGUGUGGAACAAACGGACCCAACCACCAGCUAUAAAGCCCACCACAUCCGCUCCCCCUCCUCCGUCUUUCGCUAUACACCACACCAUACCUUUUACAAAAUAAAACAUUGAUCCCUUCACAUCAGAAGACUCUUCUCACAAUGGCUUCCAAGACCUUCAACGUCGGCGUCGUCGGAUACGGCCUCUCCGCCAAAGUGUUCCAUAUCCCCUUCAUCGCCCUGACCCCCCAGUUCAAGCUGGCCGCUAUUGUCCAGAGAACCCCCAAGCCCGGCCACUCUUCCCUCGAGGACCACCCCAACGCCAAGCACUACACCGACUACCAGCAGCUUCUUGCCGACGCCGAGAUCGACGUCAUCGUCAUCACCACGCCCACCAACGGCCACUUUGAAUUCACAAAGGCCGCUCUUGAGGCCGGCAAGCACGUCCUGACCGAGAAGCCCUUCGUCCCUACGUCCGCCGAGGCCGACAAGCUCGCCGAGAUUGCGCGUGCCAACAACCGCCUCAUCUGCGUGUACCAGAACCGCCGCUGGGACUCGGACUUUUUGACCGUCAAGCACCUCAUUGCAAACAACACUCUCGGUGAAAUUCUCGAGUUCAACACACACUUUGAUCGCCCCGCGCCGUUCGGCAAGGACACAUGGCGCGGUGACGUCGGUGUGUCUGGCGGUGGCAGCGUCCUCUACGACCUCGGCACGCAUCUGAUUGACCAGGCCUACGUGCUGUUUGGCAUGCCCUCGUCUGUCUUUGGUCGCAUUUACUCGGUAAAGGCUGGCAACACGGACCUCGAGUUCCCUGACACCGUGGUUGGCGAGCUCGUCUACCCUGACGGUAAGCUGGUUAACAUUCGCGUCUGCUUCCAGAGCGUGGAGACCACACAGCGCCGCUACUGGGUCCGUGGAUCCAACGGCAGCUUCACCAAGGAUGGUGUCGAUCCCCAGGAAGACCAGAUUAUCGCCGGCAUGGCCCCGACAGCGGUUGGCUUCGGCGAGGACGAGCCUUCGAGCAUGCACUUGGUUGUGAGAGACGAGAACGGUCUGCCGAAGAAGGCUGAUGUUCCUGAUUUGGAGCCUGCGACGUACAUGGCGUUUUACAAGGCCUUUGGCGAUGCCAUUGAGUCGGGUAAGGAGGAGGGUAUCCCCGUUAAGGCGAACGAGGCGAGCGAUGUCUUGCGCGUCAUUGAGGCUAUGAUUGAGAGUGCCAAGACUGGUAAGAUCGUCAACAUUUAAAUGUAGUAGAUGUAAUAUGUAAAUAGCUUCUUGAUGAUUUAUAAUGAAAAUAGAGAUUUAGACACGAUUGGUUGCUUAUGAGUGACGAAACAUGUGGAGCUCAGCUGCUUGAGAGUUUGCUCAGAAUCUCCUCGCGGAUUAAAGCUGGAUUUCGGGUAGAAUCGACCUUGAUUAUACGGCUCGUGUCUUCUGGUCGGCACGGAUUACCCAUCCAUCUAGUAAAUAGAGCGCGCGCAUUCUCCAUGGUGUGAAUGCCGCCAGCUUGAGCAGCAGCAGGCGGACAGUCCACAGCAGAGCGCUGGCUUAUCAUUGGCGUGCGAGCACGCAGGCGCUGAUCGAGUAGAUCCAAAUCGUUAACGCUGCACUCUAUAUACCAGUAAUUAUAGCCGUACUGGUCCGCAAGGGAAGUGCCCUGCUCAAUCACCUGCGGGUAGUUGCAUGUGCCGUCGAUGAUGACGCUGUUGUGGCCCUGCUUAAUGAGGUCUUCGGCAAUCUUCCACUGUAGCAUGUAGGCUUGCUUGGCAGCUUUAUCGAAAGGCAAAAGAUCAGAUUCAAGAAGAGAGGAUCGCAGGACGUCGUGGUCAACAAUGACGCCGCCGAGGGCCUCGCGGAGGAGUCGUGCUAUUGUGCUUUUGCCAGAGCCCGGCGUACCCGACAUCUGGAUAAAAGUUUUGUUUGGCGGCAUUUCGUUUUGAACGGUAGACAUUGUUAACGUUUAUUAUUUAGAAAACAAUGUUU